UGUUGCGGGAACGACUUCUGUGUGCUCCGUUGUUUUUGUCGUUUUUAUUCACAAAAAAUGUGUAUAAACUCGUUACACUGUAAUAAACAAUGAUAAGGUGGUGCAAAAACAGUGUUUAUUAAUUAAACGUGAAGAAAUUGGUUAUUCGGAAUGUGUUUUCGGUAAUCAGAAAAUAUCAUGGCUUGUGGAUUGCAAAAUUACGAGGACGGUGAUAUGCCCGCGGCUGAGCUCGAGUUCCAAACGAAAUGGAGCAGGUUUUCCGACUGGUUGCACUGCAUAUGUGUGGUUACGUUCGACUUGGAGCUAGGACAGGCUAUGGAAAGCGUGUAUCCUCCUGGUGUGAAACUAACUGAUCAGGAGAAGUGCAAUAUUUGUUAUUUGGCGUUCCCCGACUCUAAUUCUGGGUGUAUGGGCGACACCCAGUUCCAUGUCCGGCUGCGCUCGAGGGCGGGCCUGACGCGCCAGCAACUCGUGUACAACGACGACAGCGUGCCGACGUUGCGCGCCGACUCUACGCACUACUGGGGCUUCGUGUACUUCAGACAAGUGAAGGACCCCUCCCUGCCUAGAGGAUAUUUUCAGAAAAGUAUAAUUUUACUUACUAGAUUACCUUUUAUAAACUUAUUCUACAAAGUAAUCCAAUUGAUUGCUCCCAAGCAUUUCGAGGAAGGUGAGAGGAGCCUGGAAGCUGCUUGUCAUGACAUUAACAGAUGGCCUCCACUCGACGCCGGGCAGAAUGUGUUGUUACCUGUGCUUGGCACAGUUUUUCAAUCAUACAUUCCUAAUCAACAGACCGGAAAGAUAACUCGAUCUGACAUUGCAAAACAGGUGCAUUCUUCGAAUGUACCACAUAUUCUAGCAUCAUUACAAGAUGUGAAUGUAUUUGAUGUUCUAUCUAGUGUUAUUUCACACUUGCAUUUAUUAUGGGAGUUGGUGUUGACAGCAGAACCCAUAGUGGUGAUGGCCAGUUCACCAACUGAAUGUUCCGCUUUAGUUCAAGCAUUGACAUACUUGAUACAGCCACUACCAUAUUCAGCAGAAUAUAGACCAUAUUUCACAAUACAUGACAGUGAAUUCAAAGAAUUUACAAGGAAACAAUUCAACCCACCUUGUGUAAUAUUAGGCGUGACCAAUCCAUUCUUCACAAAAACAUUACAACAUUGGCCGCACACCAUUAAGUUAGGUGAUGCUUCUUCUAUAAAAACAAAAUUGAGGAAAGUUGGCAAUCUCAAGCUUUUGGACUCUGCACCAGGUGUGUAUACUCAGUAUAAACCUUUUUUGGAAAAAGAUAAAGCUAUUAUUAAAAAAUUGCACAAUGGUAUUAGAACUGAUCGCCCAUCUGAAGUUCAAACUGCUAUGGUCAAGCGGCACCUACUUGAACUAACUCAAAGCUUUAUGAUUCCUUUAGAAAGGUACAUGGCAUCUCUCAUGCCUUUGCAGAAGAACAUUUCUCCAUUCAGAGCACCUCCAGUGCCAAAUCCUUUUAAUCCUGAAGACUUCUUUGCAACGUUGCAACAGUCCGGCCCACAAUUGACUACUGGCAUAAAAGGGGAUUGGAUUGGUCUAUACAGAAACUACUUUAGAACUCCAAACUUUAGUGCAUGGUUCCAUGAAAGACACAAUAAUUUGACAAAUAAAUUACAUGCAUUGCAACUUGAAGCAUUGGCUGAAAGUGACUUAAAGAAAUGGUCAGUUGGUAAAAAGGAGGUUGAAAUUGUGGAUAUGGUUUUGAAGUUGAGAGAAGUGUUGAAGAGUAACCCCCCAGUGGCGGACAAUACCAGGACAUUGUUGGCGCGGCGCUUGGAGGACCUAAACUGCGUCCUGCCGGAGGAUAUGAAGUCGAUACUGAACGCGGCCACGUGACAGAAGCACUGCUGCGCCUCAAACUUGAGAGGAUGCAGCGACGACUGCAAGACACAAUACAGGAAGUUAAGAUAUGGUCACCCUAUUGUGUGCAUGUGAAAUGUUAGUUUUUAUAUCGACAUGCAAUAGUAUCGCGUUUGGGGGUCGGUUGCGAAAACCGCGUUGCGUAUAUCAAGUUUCAUUGCGAUACAUUUAGUGUAUUAUUAAGUUUGGCCAGAAAUAAUGCUAUAUAUUUAGUAGGUAGUUAACUCUAAAUUGUAAUUAGCAAAUAACUGAAAUUAACUUAAAUAAUACCUACCUCUGCAGAAUAACUUUACUUCUGGCCAAAGGCUUGUGGGCGUUUCUGCGAAAAUGUUCGAAUUUUAAUGUUGUUUGUUUUGUUUAAAUUUUUUAUCACUUGUUUUCAGUGCGCAGUUUAGUGUUUAUAGCUCGAUAAGUUAUUUAUGGAUAGUCUUGCAAUAGUUUUAUAAUAUCAUUUGACUAUAAAUAUAACUUCAUCGCGAAUUAGAGUAAAUA